GGAACCCGAGCUGCUGCAUGCGUGAGCAACCACCAGGAGUAAAGUGUAGAAACGCUUGGUAAAACGCUAAACUUACGUCCUUUCCAGUUCAGCUGAUUGAACGUAUAAGUUCUAUACCUGAGUUUACUUAACAGAACAAAAAUCAAGUUCAUAUUUGAUCUUUUUUUUUCUCUUUUGAAGUUCAAUUCCCACAAGUUGUUAGAAAGUAAUUUCGAUAAGCUAGAACUUGAAUAUAAUUUGGUUUUUGAAUUGUUGCAUGCAAAGAAAAAAUGUACCUGUAAACGUAUGCUGUGUAAGGAACUUAAGUGUGGAAUAAUUUGUGCGGCAAGCGUGUUUUUGAAUUUUGUUGAAUGAAAUUACAGGAAGCUUAACUCGUGUUAGACAAAGUACAAUAGACCCACUAGAAGCCUGAUGAAGUACUGUUGCCAGAAACAUCGUUUUCAUAUUCAUCAAUAAGCUUAUUUUAAUUUGAUGACUGUUUUACCAGUUUUGUUCUCUUCUACAUUUUGUAAUUUCCUCGCAGUUUUUUUCUUUUAUUACGAAAACGGAGGCUAAAUUCAUCUAAAACGACAUGAGCAUGCGAAGUUACUCUUUGCACAUCCUUGAAGUUGAGGAAACAAUAUACUGGCAAUGUUGACUGUGCCAUUUUAUAUAUUCGAUUUCGAGUAUCAGGGGGCAGAAUCUAGAAGACUAUUCUUUUAAUUCUUGCGAACUUCUGCUAGUACAACUCAUCUUUCCUUUGUCACAGCUUGUGUUAGACUUUGAGAGGCAGAACGUGAGAAGUGUUCUUUUAUUGAAAAGUUUCGAAGAUUGGAUAAAAUAAAGUUGAUGUUUAUUGUUGGGAUUUUUAAGUUCGUGUUUCAUUUAUCAAUCUACUAAAAGAACAUAAAAAAAGGAAAUACAUAUCUAUAUAAAGACAAAAGAAGAAAAAAGGAAAGAGUUAAACAUUAGUAGAAACCUGCAAUAUUACCGACUUGGACGGAGUUUGAAGAUCGAUUAUAAAUCCUGAUGGAAGAUGUUAACGGAACUGAAGUUAUCCUAGAGAUACCAAGGUAUCCUCGUGGUGCUACAGUAUUUGCUGCUGUUUGCUGUGUUAUAUUCAUCAUCAUUGGGCUGCUGGGCAACUUUUUGACGAUCCUCGCCCUCUGUCGGAGCGUAAAAUUGAGAAACGCCACCACGGCGUUUGUAAUCAGUCUUUGUACAACUGACUUCCUGUUUUGUGCGAUUAAUUUACCUCUAACAGCAUCACGGUACAUCCACCAGGCUUGGUUGUUAGGAGAAACAAUGUGUUCUCUGUUUCCGUUUUUCUUCUAUGGAAACGUUGGGGCUUCCCUCCUGUCUAUGACAAUGAUUACAAUCAACAGAUUAAUCUUAAUCAACCACUACAACCUGUACGACAGAAUCUACAAGAAACGUUACGUGGCGCUGAUGAUCGCCUUUUCUUGGAUAUUUAGCUUCUCCAUGCUUACACCGACAUUGGCACGUGCUUGGGGAGAGUUCGGUCUGAACGAUGAAACAUUUUCUUGUACCAUCCUAAGACGAAACGGUCACUCUCCAAAGAAGUUCUUGUUUAUCAUAGGCUUCUUGGUUCCUUGUGUCGUGAUCAUUGUCUCCUACUCUUGUAUCUUCUACAAGGUACGUCACAGUCGGAGAAAUAUCGAGGCUCACAGUCCAACCAGUCAAACAACUCCAUCCACCAUCACGAGACAAAAUACCCAACGAAACGAUGAAAUUCGACUGACUCGCAUGAUGCUGAUCAUCUUCUGCUCAUUUAUUCUUUGUUUCCUACCCCUGAUGGUAGUAAAUGUUUUUGACAGCAGAAUUAGAUACCCUACCAUACAUGUCCUAGCUUCAGUCUUGGCAUGGAUGUCAUCUUGUAUCAAUCCAUUCAUCUAUGCAGUGAUGAAUCGUCAUUACCGUCAAGCUUACUACCGGCUGUUAUGUUCAAAGGUUCGUCAUCACACACCAUCGACAGGAUCAAGUUUAAACCGUUCCCAAAAUUCAUGCUUAGCUGGAGCUUCCAAAACUGUGGUUUCUGAAAUAUUUGUUUUUCCUACCAAAGUCAAACCUGAAAGAAAUGAUAAGGAGGAAAAUGCUGUUUAAAACUUUGAUAACCAAUUCUUAUUUUAUGAUUAUUUAGAUCAGAGUUAGAGUAUGCAGCACUGCAUGCAAAAAUGUAAGUUAGAUAUCUGAAUAACUAAACAAAAUACCCAAAAACUCAGAAAGACCUGGUUGUAAGGAUAUUUACUCAAAUUAAUGUGAAAAUCUCAAUAGUUUUAAUUAUGUUUGAUAGAGUCUUGCUUUUCUGAAACGUGUUAGUAAUAACUAAAUUCAUCUUAAUUUUGAUUGUGGAUAUAAGAAAAAAAGAACUGCUACAUUCUUAUUAAAAAUAUGUUUACUUUAAUAUUUAGUUACUGUUACUGUAUAAUGCCUUUAUAUUCAUUGUUUAUGCUGAAUAAUUAGUUUACAUUGAAAUAAUUAUAGACUGUCAAGAAUGAGGAACUUUUUUGCAAACCUUAGUUUAACAUCUUUAACAGCCAUGCAAUAUAAAAAUCACAGGUUUUUGAAUGUGUCAAUUUCGGUAAUAUAUAUACAUAAAAACUAUGGUGUGUGUCUGCUAAAUGAGACUGUCAACUGCCUGUUAUGAGAUAUGUGGGUGUUUGUUUAAAGGCAAAGUUGUACAACAGGCUGUUUGAAUUGUAUUCAAUGGAAGGUCAAAUCCCAGCUAUAAAUAAAUACAAACUUUUUCUUUAUUCAUCUACCUUCAAACAAAUAACAAUAAAUGGUUGGCAUACUGCAUAAAUUAAGUCUACAAUUUCUUUUUCUCUUCACUUGUAGCAUUACUCUUACAAUGUAAAUAUAUUAUACCAUUACAUGACAUUUAUGAAACACAAGCUUAACAUUUUUAGUUUUAUAUGUUGUGCACAUUCCUGGUAUAUUUAGGUUUAACAAAGCCGUGAAAUAAUAUUUUGUAAUAUAUCGAUCAUUAAUGCAAACUAAGAUACUUAAUAUUUUGAUUACUGAAUAGGAAUGGCACAGUUUCUAAUAUUAGUGACAUAUUUUUUUGAAGCAAUUAUCUUGCUAAAAAAUUGGAGAAAGUUACACACUAAAUGGCACACCAUUUGAGAUUACUGAAUAGGAAUGGCACAGUUUCUAAUAUUAGUGACAUAUUUUUUUGGAGCAAUUUUCUUGCUAAAAAAUUGGAGAAAGUUACACACUAAAUGGCACACCAUUUGAGAUCUUCAGUGCAUGUGGCAAAAUAAUUCUUAUAGGAAAAGGAAUUUUUUUUGUGGAGCAAUCAAAUGUGUAUAUAAUUUUGGAUAAGUGCAUUUAAUAACUUCAUGUUAAACUGAUCUAGAUUUUUAAACAAAUUUCUAUUUUAAUAAUAUACAGAAAUUUGUUUAAAAAUUCAAUAUUUGUGUCAUGCACAUGUAAUCUGCAGUAGUAAUCAUUAAAAUAAAUGUGUGUAUAGUUGUGAACUGCACAAAAAACAUUUUACUCUUAUAUAUAUUGUAUUUUGGAAGAUGAAAUACUUAAAAUAUUCUGUUAAUAUUCCCUGACAGGAUGUUGACUUGAAGAUAGCAAUGUGUAUUUUUUUUUUUACUUUCACAAAAAAGAUUGUUACAGGAUUCA